AUGAUUUAGAAUAAGAAGAAGAUGAUGAAGAGGAAAUAUGAUUAAAUGAAAAUAACUUAGAAUCUAAUAAAAUAGGUUUAAAAAUUUAAUAAUUUAUUCAAUUUUUUAAUUAAAUUAAGGGUUCUGUUUAAAAUAAUAAUUGGUGUAGUAAACUCUUAUCAAAUAAUUAGGAAAUUAAUGAUAGAAAAUAAGAAAAUAUUAUAUCUGUUCAUAGCUCUCCUAGACCUUUUUAAUAAGUUAUUUCAAAUUUUAACUAAGAAUCAUAAAGGAAAAAAGAAUAAGACUAUUCAGAAAAAGCAAUAUAAAUUCAAAAAAAUUGGAAAGGAUAUAAGUAGAGAAAAAAUUAUUAAAUAAGAAAAACAGGUUUCACUAUAAAUUAAGAAAAUUCAUUACAGUAAUAACCAGUUUAAAUUAAUUCUUAAGACAGUUUAACAUUUAUUGAACUUGCAUUUCCUUAAUUAUCAACUUGUAAAUUUGAUGAAAUGGAACCAUUAGAAAACUUCUCAAUAAAGGAUUUUGCAGUUUAUUAAUAUAGAGAUGGAUCAAUUUAUGCAGGUGAAAUAGUAAAUUGUAUGAGAAAUGGCAAAGGAAGAUAUUGCUAUAAAAAUGGUUCGAUUUAUGAAGGGUAUUCAUUUUGAAUAUAAAUUAAUUAGAGAUUGGAAAAUGAAUUAACUAUAAGGAUAUGGGAGAUUUCUACAUUAAAAUGGUGAUUUUUAUGAAGGAAACUUUUAUGAGGGUAGAUUGAUUUUAUAGAAAAAAUAAUGGAAGUUUCUUUUAAGGAGAAUGGAAAUGUGAUAAAUAACAUGGAAGAGGUACUGAAAUAUGGGCAGAUGGAGCAAAAUAUGAUGGUGUAAAAAACAUGGAAGAAGUAUAUUUAUUUGGGCUGAAGGAUCACAUUAUGUAGGAGAUUUUGUUAAUAAUUGUAUGGACGGUUUUGGAGAAUAUGUUUAAUCAAAUGGUAAAAAAGUAAUUAAUCUAACUUUUAUUUCAUUAGUAUAUUGGAUAAUUUAAAGAAGAUAUGAUGCAUGGUGAAGGAGAAUUUAGUUGGCCUAAUGGUAAAAAAUAUUCUGGGUGGUAUUUUAAAAAUUAAAAAUGUGGUCUUGGAACUUUUGAAUGGCCAGAUGGUAGAAGAUAUGUUGGUUUUUUGUGUAAUGGUUUAAUGAAUGGAGGAGGAGUUAUUUUUGAAUUAAAAGGAAAAUAAAUUCAAGGAGAAUGGAUUUAUGGAAUUCUGUAAAAAUGA